AGCUGGGCUGAUGAUGUCGGCAACGGAGGAGGAGGCUCGCGCAGAGCAGGAAGCGACGCGUGUGGAGUGUGCAAUGCAAACAAAAUCUUCGUUGUAUUGGGGGCUAUUUUUUUCUUUACCACGAUGUAGCCAUUAACAAAACAGACACGAAGAAAACUUUAACGUCGUCUACAGUCGGACAAACUCCACGUAUGAUUGUGACACUGCGCAUAUUAUAAGCAAGGGGCAGUUAGCGAGCUGGCUACAACGAACAGCCAAAGAAAUAUGAAAGAGGUGAAGGGCUGCGGUAUGCGUUCUUCCGUGGGGUUCCUAUCCCGGAGAAAGAUCACCGGGCACCCCCUAAUGAAGGAGGAAUUUCAGAGACUCAGACUGGCCGGGUGCACAAGUCUUUAUAAGAAAGAUAUGCUAGGGCAUUUUGGAUGCGUUAAUGCCAUAGAGUUUUCCAACAAUGGAGGAGAAUGGCUGGUGUCCGGAGGAGAUGACCGACGGGUGUUACUCUGGCACAUGGAGAAAGCGAUCCAUUCACGAGCCAAGCCUCUGAAACUAAAGGGAGAACAUCUAUCCAACAUCUUCUGCCUGGCCUUUGACAGUACCAACAAGCGUGUCUUCUCUGGGGGUAAUGAUGAACAGGUCAUUCUUCAUGACGUGGAGAGGGGAGAGACACUGAACGUGUUCUUGCACGAUGAUGCAGUUUACGGCCUGUCCGUCAGCCCGGUCAACGAUAACGUGUUCGCCAGCUCCUCUGACGAUGGUCGUGUUCUCAUCUGGGACACCCGUGAGCCCCCACACGGAGAACCUUUUUGCCUGGCCAACUACCCGUCGGCGUUCCACAGCGUGAUGUUCAACCCGGCCGAGCCUAGACUGCUCGCCACGGCCAACUCCAAGGAAGGCGUGGGGCUGUGGGACAUCCGCAAGCCGCGCAGUUCCCUGCUGCGUUACGGGGGUAGCCUGUCGCUGCAGAGCGCCAUGAGCGUGCGCUUCAACAGCACGGGCACCCAGCUGCUGGCGCUGCGGAGGCGGCUGCCCCCCGUCCUGUACGAGCUGCACUCCCGCCUGCCCAUCUUCCAGUUCGACAACCAGGGCUACUUCAACUCCUGCACCAUGAAGAGCUGCUGCUUCGCCGGGGACCGCGACCAGUACAUAUUGUCGGGGUCCGAUGACUUCAAUCUGUACAUGUGGAGGAUUCCCAAGGAUCCGGAAGCAGGGGGCCCUGGUCGAGUGGUGAACGGGGCUUUCAUGGUGUUGAAGGGACACCGUUCCAUCGUCAACCAGGUGCGGUUCAACCCCCACACCUACAUGAUCUGCUCUUCAGGCGUGGAGAAGGUCAUCAAGGUGUGGAGCCCGUACCAGCAGCCGGAGAGCAUGGGGGACCUGGAGGGGCGUGUGGAGGACAAGUCGCGCAGCCUGUACACGCACGAGGAGUACAUCAGCCUGGUGCUGAACAGCGGCAGCGGCCUGUCGCACGACUACGUCAGCCAGUCCAUCCAGGAGGACCCGCGCAUGAUGGCCUUCUUCGACUCGCUGGUGCGCCGGGAGAUCGAGGGCUGGAGCUCCGACUCGGACAGCGACCUGAGCGAGGGCGCCAUCCUGCAGCUGCACGCCCGCGGCCGCCGCGCGCUGAGGUCCCAUGCCCCCGCCCCCACAGCCGCCGCAGCCGUGGCCGCCGCCGCAGCCGAGCGCCGCCACAGCGACUCGGACCACUCCUCCUCUUCCUCGCUGGCGGGUCCGGACGGGGCGGCGGCCCUGCUGGACGAGGGGGAGGGGCUCCCGCGCCGGGGGGGCAUGGUGGGCCAGUCCUACCAGUCGGUGCGGCUGCUGGACCUGGCCAACGACUCGUCGGACUCCAGCGGCUUCUGGCCCGACCCCGUGCUCCGCCCCCGCUCCCCCAGCCCCCGGGGCAACUCCAGCCUGUCCAGCCGCAGCACCUCCCCCGCCCGCUCCAGCUCCUCCACCUCCUCCAGCUCCAGCUCCAGCAGCGACGGGGAGGACGAGGAGCGGCGCCGGGCCGACACCCGCCGCCGCAACGCCGCCCGCAGGCGCCGCAUGCGCUUCCCCUACCAGCCGGGGGACCGGCCCGAGUCCGCCCAGGCCCUCUACCCCGGCGUGGACUCCUGCAGCUACCCCAAGAUCGCCGUCGAGGACCCCUCCUCCUCGUCUUCCUCCUCCUCCUCCUCCUCCUCGGUGGACGAGGCGACGGCGGUUUCGGGCGACGUUCGAAAGCGGAGAAGCCCCCAGAGAGACCGGGACGGACGGCCGGGCCCCGAGACCCCCCCCGGAUCCAGCUCCGCCCCCUCUCCCGAGCGCCCGGAGGGGGAGGCGGGCGGGGCAGCGCCGGAGAGACUUUCGGGCGGAUCCCCGCCUCUUUCGCAGGACAGGCUGGGUGAGAGGACCAAGCCGAGGGGCGGGGCCCGGGACGGUCGCGGGACGGGGGCCGCGGAAGGCGCCCCCGAAAGUCCGGGUUCGGCGCCGAGCCACGGCUCGCAGCCCGCCGACGGGAGCAGGGGCAUUCUGGGACAGCCGAGCCCCGAGCUGAACGGACAGCACCGCGAGGACCCCCACACCUCCGCGCCCCCCGAGCCCGAUGCCGGGGGCCGCAGCAAACCCCAAGCGCAGGAGCCCGCGGGGGAGACCCAGCCCCCCCGGAGAUGCCAAACCGCCGGCGCCGCCGCACUCAAACGGACUCGGCUCGGCUCGGGCGGGGCGGGCUCGGACAGCCCCCCCUCAGAAAAGAAGCUCAAGACAUGAUGACACCUCUUCCAAGAGCGCCGUUUCUUUAGCAACAACAACAACAACAAAAAAAAAAGACGAUGAGCCACACAUCUUAGAUUGGUUCUUCUUUGGGUUUUUACAAUCCAUAUGUCUGUUUUUCUUUCUUUUUUUCUUCUUUUAAAAGAGGGUGCUGCGGAGGCCGCCUGUGACACUUGGAUCAGACUAAGCACUGCUGGGGGAAACCUGCAGGAUAAAGAAUAAUGAUUGGAUGAUGGAACGUCACUUCCUGUCACUCAACACUCAGAAAGCAAAGCAGAUUUGCUGGCCACCGGUACAUCUGUGAAGCUUCCUGCCUGAACUGUGUCAUAACUCCUGGAGACCUGUUUUCACAGCUGACAGUAAAAUCAAUAAUAUUAUUAAUAAAUGCAGACGGUAAUCAUACUUAGUGCAUUUUUUUUUUGCAAACUGUUCAGUUUUAAAAUUCAUUUUUAAAUUCCACGUUUUUGGGCUUGCUUUCUCUGUUUGACGAUAUGAAAAUUGUAGACACGCACAUGCAAAAAAAAAAAAAAAAGAUUUGCGUAAAAGAUGAAGAGCCCUUCUUACGUGGACUGGAUUCAGUGUUUUGUUCUGGGUUUU